AGAAUCCAAUCCGCUACCACGCAGUUACACAAUGAGGGACCUCUCAUUGCAGGACACGAUCCCUCCGGUUCAUCCAUCAUAACGUCGCCCUGACGCAAGCUCGUAAAAGUAGAAGCCAGCUUGUGAAAGAGACCAAGAGGUUAUAAGCUUAUCCGCCGGAACACGAACCGAUUGUCGCUCUCCCGACGGACGCUUAAUUUUGACGUCACCCAUCCGCCAUCGAAUAGAUAUAUUGUAUCGGGCAUUUCGUUACCUAGUCAGUUAUAUACCUAGUCCACAUUCUACCGCUCUCAAACACAAUGGCUGCUGCUGGAGGUCUUACUGGCGGUCACCCGCCCUCGGUUCGGUAUGUCUCUGCUUUCUGCAUUGUUGACUUUAUUGUGCAAUAUAUUAAUAACUGCAGCUCUCGCAACAUUGCCAUCUUCAGCGUGAUCGGAAUGAUCGCUGGUGGUUGGAUGUUCUUCCGCGCACAGUCACCAAGCAAGGAAGAGAAGCUGUACUCGCAAAAGGAUAUCCAUACCAUGGUUGGCGGACAGACGGGCGAGAACAGAGUUGGUCGUGCACCGAGCCAUCAGAAGAAAGGUUGAUUUAACGUGUGGAAUGGUAUGUCUGAUCAAGGGUGUAUAAUAUCAAUUGAAAGGGCAUGAUGGAGGCGUCUGGUGUUACGGGCUUUAUUGUCU